AUGAAGGAGAAAAAUCUUCAUAUUAAAAGUGUUCAGGUCACAAGAUGGACAGAGUUUGAAGCUCAAAGGAAACAAGUAUGGAUUCGUACAAAAGUAGUAUAUCUUGAGCUAAAGAGUGCUGCUGCCAUCUCUGCCACUGUUAGUGAUGACAACAAAAUCAUAGUGUCACUCCAGCCACCAGAUGUGACCAAUGGAUCCUCUCUGUAUUAUGUGAAGGUAACGCAGUCUGUUAACCUGACUAGUUUUAAACUCCAGUUCAAGGACUUCAACCACACCCUCCCUCCUCCUGUAGUCUUCAAUGCUUCGUACCAUGGGAUCUACUACUUGGUUACUCUCCUGACUGGAAGCUCAAAAUCAACUAUUAAGCCAGUACAUUUGGUUGCUGUGUUAACAAAACCUCUUCCUGUCAACAGUGUGGCAAUAUAUGACUACAAGCAGUCCCCAGAAACUGGAGUCCUAUUUGAUAUUCAAUAUCCAAAGCAGGCCACCAACUUUUUCUCAAGGUUAAAAUUAAGCUACUUCGAAGGCAGCCAUUACCGAUCAUCCCUCCAUAAAGACUUUCUGAAAGGCAAAUUAAUUUUCAACACUUGGCUGCCCGGAACAUGUUACAGUAACAUCACAUUGCAACUGGUGGCCGAGGCCAAUGUCAACAGAGUUCCAUUAAUGGAGUAUAGUGCUGUUGGUCAUGAACCAAAACAUCAUCGAACAGUACCCUAUCCCCCAAGCAAUGUGUCAAUGAAGAUUGUGUAUGGAAGAAGCCAAUCUAACAGUGAAAGUCAUGCUGGUCAUGAACAAUUUUCACUCAACACUAACAAUACGGUUGCUGAGGGAAGUAAUACGGUUGAUACUGAAGUUAAUGAUCUCACAACUACCAAACCAGUCAGUAGGGAAGAUUAUAAAUCAUUUAGUAGAGGUGGCAGUAGAAGAAUUUCUGACUGGGCACAGGAGCUCCAACCAGACACUAAAGAGACCUCGGCAAGUGGAAGUGAUUACUUGGAUAUAAUGAAUGUCACUGAAGAGGAUCCACAACAUAUUACUUACACAACCACAGAGCCUGUGAGCUCUGUUGUCAAUCCAGAGGCUGUUUGGCUUGUGCUCGAAUGGUUCCCUCCAAAGGCACCUACAAACUAUGAUGGCUUCAACAUUUAUAUCCAACGGCAAGGGCACCCCACUGAUGUUUACAGAGUGGAAAAUAACACUUAUAUAUUUGAGGUGGAACUCAGAGAACCGGGGAAGUACGAUGUAAAUGUGACAACAGUCAGUUCCUUUGGUACCUGUCUGACUAGAGAGGGUUCAUCCAAGAAACCCUUGACGUUUUACCUGAGUCCUUCCGGGAAAUGGUUUAAGGAGGUCACUGAAACUCCUAAAAAUGUGUAUGUGAAGGUGCUGAACUCAGUCACAGCCCUUGUAUCCUGGACUCAGUCGCAAGAAACCAACUAUGAUGGUAUUGUGUCGAUUGUAUCUCUCUCUUGUCAGCAGCAAGUAGAAGGCCAAAGAAUUGAAUUACUUUACUGCUCAAAGGUAAACCUGAGUGGCAACAUCAUUGAAAACCUUAUGCCUGGGGCACAUUACCAGGUGGUGGUCUAUCUGAAGAAUGGUCCGUCAGUCGGCCCUCCAUCUCGUCCAGUUACAUUUGGCUUGAACCCGUCAGGAGUGAAGAAGCCGUUGUAUCCACUGGGGCCCACAGCAGCGGUGCUGAGCUGGAGCAGGCCAUACUCUGUGGUCUUCAAAAAGUACCUGGUGGAAAUGUACCAUCAUGACCCAAAAAAUCAAAAGUCAAAAUGGAAAACCAUUCAAGAUAUUCCAUUCACAAGUGCCUUAACCAACUUCAUGAUUGUGACUGACCUGCAACCGGCCUCGCGCUAUGAGUUCCGUGUUACGAUGGUGUCCUGGGGAGAGCCUGAACACAGUUGCUGUGACAGAUCGUUAGCAAGCUAUAUAACAGCGCCACUAGCUCCGGAAAUUACGUGGCUGGAGUAUUCCAAGGACGUAUUGUCCGUCAGCUGGAAGUAUGGGAACGCCACAACGGGAACAUCCGACUCAACCCUCCCAUAUUGGCUGGUCAUAGCUGUCGGACGAAGGAUCAUUAAGAAAAGUGUGCCGCACAGUGUAAUGACAACCUUGCUUCGAUUGCCUCCUGGGGACAUCUACAACAUUACCGUUGUAGCCUAUACGGAAGGAAGCAGCAACUCAUCCACUCCACGGAUAAUUCAGCUCCAGCCUGCUUCUCCCAAGUCGCUCUUCAUUGUGAACAGAACGCGGUCGUCUGUGACUCUCCUGUGGGUAGAGGAAGGGGUCACUGAUCAUUACAAGGUCAUUUGUAAACAAGUUGGAUCAAGAAAGGAAGCAGAGAAAGAAGAGGCCACAGUGUACGCACCGAUUGUUACACUCUCCAAUCUCGUUCCAUCAACCUCGUACAACUGCAGCGUAACCAGUGUCAGCUACGAACAUUACAGUGCUCCGGUUUUCAUCACCGUCUCAACAGUUGCAGACGUCAAUUCGAACAUGGUGGUGAUCUCUGCCUUGGCGAUUCUGAGUAUCCUGCUGAUAGGACUGCUGCUGAUCACACUAUUUAUUCUUCGACGUAAGCACCUGCAACACGCCAGGAAUUGUGGAGCAGGAAUAUUUGUCAAUUUUGCCACUCUGGAGAGAGACGGGAAGUUGCCAUUUAACUGGCGUAGAAGUAUUUUUGCUGUUCUUGCACUGCUCCCAUCAUGCUUUUGGACUGACUAUCUUUUGGCCUUUGGUAUUAACCCUUGGAAUAAAUACGCACUGAAGAAGAGGAAACUAGCCAACCCUGUUCAGCUGGAUGAUUUUGAAAUGUAUCUCAAGGAAAUGGCAAAAGACUCAGAUUACAAAUUCUCUCUGCAGUUUGAGGAUCUAAAGCUGGUUGGUCAAGAUAUAUCCCAUGAUGCAGCAGAACUUCCAGUCAAUCGAUGUAAAAAUCGUUACACUAAUAUACUGCCAUAUGACUUCAGCCGAGUGAAAUUAACUUCUCUGCAGUGUGAAGAUGAAUCAGACUACAUUAAUGCUAAUUAUGUUCCAGGGUUUAACUCUGCCCGAGAGUAUAUUGCAACACAAGGACCCUUGGCAGAGACAAGAAAUGAUUUCUGGAAGAUGAUAAUUCAACAGAAAUCAGGCAUUAUUGUUAUGCUUACACAAUGUAAUGAGAGGAGACGGAUAAAAUGUGACCAUUAUUGGCCAUUUAACGAACAGCCCGUCAGUUAUGGAGACAUCACCGUUGAAAUGGUUUUUGAGUCGGAGCAGUCUGAUCAAUCAGAAGAGAAUCUUCAGUCUGAGUGGAUCAUAAGAGAAUUCAAUGUCAGCUAUGCAGAUGAUGUUCGGAAAGUGAUUCACUAUAAUUACAUGGCAUGGCCUGAUCAUGGUGUCCCCACAGCAGACACAGCUGAGACCAUCUUACAGUUUGUCCAGUUGGUCAGACAGCAAGCAGUAGAGAGACCUGGUCCUAUAAUUGUUCACUGUAGUGCUGGAGUGGGAAGAACGGGAACCUUUAUAGCUCUCGAUCGCCUUAUGCAGCACAUUCAAGAGCAUGAGUACGUAGAUAUUCUGGGCAUGGUGGCUGAAAUGCGUACUUACAGAACAUCAAUGGUUCAGACAGAGGAGCAGUACAUUUUCAUUCACCGCUGUGUGCAACUGAUGUGGAAAAAGAGAAAGCAGCAGUACAGUAGCAGUGAUGUGAUUUAUGAGAAUUCUAGACCAUUCCAGUUUAUGAGGCUUGCAGGGUGA